AUGGAGAGUUCUGAAAAAGACAUGGUGUUCCGGAAGGGACAAGAUGUUACUAAAGUGAACUUUAAGGACUUCGCAAUGUUCACACCAAGAAACCGCUCUCUUUUUUACAAAUGUGUAGUCUUCGUAAUAUUAUUGUCAUUCUCAUUAUGGACAGCUGGUCGGUGGACAGAUUCACUUGAUGAUUCUUUGAAAAAAACAAGUCGGCGAAACAUACUGAAUCACUAUCUACAACGUACCAAUUUUUCGACGAAGGGUCGAAUAUCGACCUGGAAAAAGACCAAACACAGGGGAAUCAAUGUCGCUAAGAAUACACCACAACACCCUGUGCUUGUAUGGUGGGCCCCAGUCUCUGGUAUGAAGGAUCACUUGAUUACAUGUGAUGGCAAACAGUGUGAUGUGUCGGUUAAAAGAGGGCUCAAACAUGACCCAAGUGUACGAGCCUUUCUUUUCUACGGAACCGAGUUCGAAUUUAGCCAGUUGCCCUUACCGCGCUUUCCUCAUCACCUGUGGGCACUAGAACAUGAUGAAUCCCCCAAAAAUAAUGAUUUCAUUUUCUCACAUGAGGAAGUCUUGAGCCUGUUUAAUUUUACCUCAACAUUUAAGCGGGAGUCUUCUUAUCCUUUGGCGACAAUGGCGCUACCUAGCGUGGAAUGGCUCAAGAGUAUGGAGUUCUUCCUGACGGCGAACCAGAAAAACAACCUCCAGAAUGAAAAACGUCUGGCACCCGUGGUAUUUGUACAUAGCGACUGUAACGUGCCUUCCGGACGGGAUACAUAUCUAAAACUUCUUCAGAAGUAUGUAAAGGUCGACGUGUACGGCAGGUGUCACGCAAACAAGAAAUUGCCUGACCAUUUACAGGGCAUGGAGAAAUACCAGGACAAGGCUUUCUUCCGUUUUCUGGCCCAGUACAAGUUCGCCUUCGCCUUUGAGAACGCCGUAUGUGAUGACUAUAUGACCGAAAAGUUAUGGCGACCACUUCAUCUAGGGGUUGUCCCGAUUGUGUUUGGGUCACCAAAGGUCAAGGAAUUCCUUCCGAGUGAAAAGUCCGCUUUGGUCGUAGAAGACUUCUCUAGUGUGAGGAAUCUGGGGAAAACAAUCACACUACUGGAUGAAAAUGAUUAUAUCUAUGAAGAAUAUACAAGUUUCAAAAGAGAAGGUAUCACCAAUGAAAAUCUACUGAAGAUUUUAAAAGACAGAGAAUGGUCUGUGAGUGGAAUGGAUCGUUCAAAGAAAUUCCAUAAUCAUUUCUCUGGAUUUGAAUGUUUCAUGUGUGGAAAAAUACAUGAAAACAUACACCGUGAGAAUGAAAGGAAACCCCCUGUAAUGUCUGUUGCAAGAAAGGACCAUUAUGGUUGCCCUAGACCAAAGAACUUCAAUGAUCAAGGGCAAUACGUAGAGAAUAAUAAGGGCUAUGAUAGUGUUUACACAAAGUCUCUUUACAACGCCGUUGCAUUUAGACAUUUCUACGACACAAACAACAUCACUUAUACUAACAAGGAUGUUACAGGUCUUGCAGAUUUACUGCAGAGGCACGAUCGGAAGAACUCUCUAUGAGACGAUCAGAAGAACUCUCUAUGAGACGAUCAGAAGAACUCUCUAUGAGACGAUCAGUAGAACACUCUCUGAGGAAAUCAGAAGAACUCUUUUUUGAAACGAUCAGUAGAACG